CCAUCUCCCUCUCACUCUCAUAAUACAGUUUGUAAUGGCGUUAAGGGUGAUACACGGAUCUUUCUCCUCUACCGUUCUGCGAUUCUCUCUCCUGUUGGCGUUCUUCUUCUUCUGUUGCUCUUCAUGGAGGAUGGUUGAUGGGUAUGGAAUGCCUGGAGGAAGGAAAGAGGUUAAGGAUGUGAAGAACAAUAAGGAGGUUCAAGAUCUUGGGAGCUUCUCAGUGAAUAGAUACAACAAGAAUCAACAUCAUUACCAGCAAGGGCAAGGUUGGUCCACCGGAAAAGGAAAAGGAGCAGACGGUCCUUUGGAGUUCAAGGAAGUGGUGAAGGCGCAGACUCAGGUGGUGUCAGGGUUAAAGUAUUACCUCACCAUCUCUGCUUCUCAGGGCGGAGUUCCCAAAACAUUCGAUGCUGUUGUGGUUGUGAAGCCGUGGAUUCAGUCCAAGCAACUCCUCGCCUUUGCCCCUUCUACUAAUUGAAAACAUGUUUUUUCUGUCUUUGUAAUCUAGGAUAGGAUCGCUUUC